CUUGACAGUUACCAGCAUGGCCCAUUAGAUGUUUAAUGGCCAUUAUGCGAAACCACUGCAUACCUUUCAAUCUUCUCCAAUCUCGACAUCGCUCCUUUUUCACAACUCUUCGCCAUGGCGGACUACAAAAACUGGAAGGUUACUGACUUAAAGGCGGAACUGAAGCGACGCGGCAUUCCCCAAACGGGUCUCAGGGUUAAACAGAAUUUCAUUGAUCGAUUACUCCAAGCAGACUCUGCAGCGCCACCUGGUCCCUCUGCGGAGCCUCCUUCACCAAACAAUCCCCCUGAAAAACAAGCCCGAGAGGUACCUGAACAGUUGCGCCAAGAUGAAAUCCCCGGCAACCACCAGCCACCAGUUGCGUCGGAACCUGGUCCUGAGGCUACUGAAUCUAAAUCGAAAGAACUACCUGCAGCCGGUGCACAAGAGCUGCUGUCACACAGUUCUACUGAAGAUGAGCCCAUGAAAGAUAAGGAAGAGAUUGCAGACAUUAAUCGAGCCGAAGCGAUUACCGAAGACUCGACCGCCGAAGCGCAGGCUCAAAUUCAGGAGUCCAAGGCUGAAGAACCCGCGCAGUUGCAGGACGCCGUAAAGGAGCCAGCUCCAUCUGUUCCCUCAGCUCCUCGCAACCCGGAAUCUGCAACUGUGUCGCCUACCGAGGAGACAAUCGACUCGAGAGAGGAGUCCAUAGAUGACUCCAGGAAAAGAAAAAGGCGAAGCCAGAGUCCACCCCCUUCUCCUACAACUACGGUUCUGAAGAGGGCUAAAGCUGAGGAUGGAUUUCCGCGGGUAUUAUCGAAGGAGAAUAUCCCAGCAGACACAGGUAUCCUUUCAGGGGAGGGGGUUGCGGCUGUGCCAAUCGUUGAUGCUGCUGCACCUCGAGACGCUGAAAUGCAAGGUACAAACCUAGAAAAUACUGAAGCGGGACUUCGGGAACCGGAACCAACACCCCAAUCGGAACCAACCGUCGUCCAAGAGGCAAACGAGGAAGAUAACAGGGCUGCUGAAUCCCACUCCGUCCCCCUGGAUGAAUCCAGAAUCGAGAGGCCGGAAGAUCUCCAUCUCAGCAAGCACCCAUCCGCCGAUGCACGCUUCAAGAGUUUGUUCCCGGUCGCAAAUGGUGGUCGGGAACUCUCCCCUUCUCCUAAGGGCUUGGGAGGAGAAGAAGCCGCAGAUCGUAUUGUGCCCCCAGCCCUCCACCCAGCUACCACAUCCCUGUAUAUACGCAAUUUCAUGCGACCUUUACAGCCAGCAAACCUCAAAAAGCAUCUUGUGACCCUUGCAGCCCCACCGGCGUCAUCAAUGCAACCUGAUAUAAUUGUCGAUUUCUUUUUGGAUUCCAUUAAAACACACUCAUUUGUUACUUUUACAAAUGUUUCCGCAGCCUCCAGGGUACGUGCCGCGCUCCAUGGGACCAUUUGGCCUGAUGAGCGAACAAGAAAGCCGCUCUGGGUUGAUUUCAUUCCAGAGGAGAAAGUCAAAGAAUGGAUUGCGGUUGAGCAAGAAUCUGGUAGUGGCGCGAGAGGUGCACCUCGCUGGGAGGUGGUCUACGACGAGAUUGAGGGAGGCAUUACAGCUUCUCUCCGGGAAGCCAAUCGCACAAAUCAAUUCCCAUCCCACAAUAAUCGCGAUCUCGAUCAAAACGUAGGUCGAGAGCCGCCGUUGGGCCCACGUGCGACACACGGUCCUGUACAUCGAGAUAGUCGUCCUGUUGCACCACCCGCCCCACCAGUACGGUACGGGGGUGAAGGUUUUAAAGCCCUUGAUGACAGAUUCCUUUCCACCGCUGCAAAGCCGAAGCUUUACUAUCUCCCCGUUCCACAAAAAGUCGCGGAGAAGCGCCUUGAUCGAUUUGCCAGCCUCGACCGUGCCAGGCCUCCGUCUCGACGAGGAGGUGAUGAGAUGCGCAAAUACACUUUCGAAGAUACAGAUUAUUUCGUGGACAGAGGCCCCGAAUAUGGAAGCCGUGGUCGCCGAAGAGGUGGUAGGGGUGCUCGGUUCAGGGACCGUGGAGAGUUUAGAGAUAGCUGGCGGCGAUAAGUGGGAUGGUCGGGUUUGGGAUAGGGGCCAAAGCUUUACAAUCAACAAAUGAUGGAUCAGCAAGCCUCCAUACCGCUCUACAUUCGACUGCAGCGAGAUACGACGGAUUCGGAUCAUAGUUAUAGGAACAUUGGGAGUGUUAUCUUUUGCCCCUUCGAAAUACCUUUUUACGCCAUACGAAUAGAAAAUGGACAUGAAUUUUAACAAUCAUGUCUCCUCGCAAUUGUAUAGGCCCCAUUUUCUUCCCUCUUGUAUUAUUUUAUUUUCCCAUUUUAUUUUUGUUUCUUUAUACUAUUCCCUACUGCCGGCCGUCAUUUUGAGUCGACGAGAUUCAACAUGGAGAAAAAGAAAGGCAUUUAGUAAUGCAGGAAUGGCAUUAUUUGUUUUGCUCACGGCGUUUUGUCUUCUUAGUAAGGCUGGAUGAAUAUGGAUUGAGAAAACAUAUCGGAUAGUUUGGUCCCCAACAUCUUUCAACUUUUUGACUCCACAUCCACAUUGUCUUCUGCUUCUUUGGUUGUUGAUAGGAUUCGUGCAAAGCAACCACUCAGCACUCUAAGUAAUGAAGCGAUUCAAAACACAUCAUCAAACCAUUGGUAUGUUACG